AUGCUAACUCCCUCGCUGGUAGCCUCGGAUGUUACGCCUGAGUUGAGGGAUGAAAUUUUCGAUAUAAGCUUAGAUGCCCUUUCGAAAUUCAAACUGGAAAGAGAAAUCGCUGCGAUGAUAAAAAAGGAUUUGGAUGUCAAGUAUGGAAGUACAUGGCAUGUGAUUGUGGGCAAAAGUUUUGGAAGUUAUGUUACAAAUGAAAAGGGCCAUUUCAUUUAUUUUUAUAUUGGUCAGUUUGCUUUCCUUGUUUUCAAGACGGCUUGA